GGGCAGUGUGGGGACUGGUGGGAGGCUUGGGGAUGCAAUAGUCAGAGCACCGGAGGCAUUCUGGGGCUGCGGUGGAGGCCGUGGAGGGGCCUUUGGGGGUAAAAUAGGGAAGGUGUCAGAGCCAGCCUGGGGAUGCAGUGGUGGCCAUAGGGGUGCAGUGGGGAGGGCAUCGGGCUCCGUUUGGGGAUGCAGUGGGCCAUGGAUGGCUGGUGCAGAAGGAUUGGGGGUGCGAUGGGUAUGGUGCUGAGUCCCAUUUGGAGGAUGCAGGGGGAGGAGAGUGGAGGGGUGCAGUGCCUGCUGGCUGCAGAAACUGGAGCCUCCCCACCCCAGCACUGCCCAGCACCCAGGAGGCUGCUGCCCUGCUCCCCCCAGGUCUGACCUGCGCCAGAUGUUGGCCACCAAGAGUGUGGAGAACAUCCAGUUCCUGCCCUUCCUCACCACUGAUGCCAACCAAGUGCUUGUGCCAUGUCCCUGCAGCAACCUGAGCUGGUUGGGCUAUGGGUGCCUGAAGGGGGACGGGACAGUGAUCACCGUCAACGCCAUCGGGGCAGUUCUGCAGACCCUCUACAUCCUGGUGUAUCUCUACUACAGCCCUGCCAAGCGCCCUGUGGUGCUGCAGGUCCUGCUGCUCCUGGCUUUGGUAGUCACUGGCUAUGGCUACUUCACCAUCCUGGUUGACACAGGGACACGCCUGACACACCUGGGGCUCUUCUGCAGCAUCUUCACCAUCACCAUGUACCUCUCACCGCUGGCUGACCUGGCCAAGGUUGUCCGGAGCAAGUCGACGCGGUGCCUGUCCUUUCCCCUGACCGUCACCACCCUUGUGGCCUCCAGCAGCUGGACACUCUAUGGCCUGCAGCUCCAUGAUCCCUACAUCACAGUGGGUUGGGGUGGUGGAACACCAAGGGGUGUCAUCCCAUCCCACUCUAUCCCAUCUCAUCAUGUCCCAUCCCCAUCCCACCCUGGCCUGCUUCAUCCACAUUCCACCCUUCUCCAUCCCAUUCUGUUGUGUCCCCGUCCUGCCCCAUUUCACCCCAUCCCAUUCCUAUCUUACCCCACCCCAUCUCAUCCUAUUCCAUCCCCAUCGCAUUCCACUCCAUCCUAUCCAAUUCCACCCCAUUCCCCUCUCAUGGCUCAGCUGAACACUUGGCUUAGGGCCGGCCCUGUUCAGCACCGCAUGUGUCACCCAGCCAAGGGUGACAAGGCUCAGCAUGAUGACUAUUGAUUUUAAUUAAUUAGCUGGGAUGGGGCCAAUAAACCUCCCCCAGCACCACAGGGGGAGGGGUACAUCCACCCUCCCCCCAUGUCCUCCUGCAGGUCCCCAAUGUGCCAGGGAUCAUCACCAGCCUCGUGCGGUUCUGGCUCUUCCAGCGGUACAGGCCAGAGCAGGACAAGCCCUACAGCCCCCUGC